UAAUCACGAAAUCGUGUUCUUCUCCAGUGUCGAUAGUCGAUAGGAGUAUCGAUAUCUUCCGACCAGAAUCAAUACUCUUGAACACAAAAAUAAUUAGCGGAAAAUUUGUGCGAUUCAAAUAAUCAAAUAACGAUUGAUUCAAGGGCUAUACCGUUUUUACAUAUUAUCAGCACCGAUUUUGAUCAAUUCUGCAAUUGUCAUUUGGAAUUUGGUAUCGAGACACUACUAAUCGAGACAACAAAAUAUUCGAGAGAUUUAUUUAAUCUAUUUCUCUGCGCCGACGGAAUUGCGCAGACACGCUGGGUACACGUUGUUUUUCACACAGGCUUUUUAAAUAAAUCAUUUAUUUGUUCAUUAAUUCGGUGAACUGUUGGUGGUAACGGGAGAUUAAUUGUGAAACGUCGAGUUCAGAGAAUUGCAGGGUCGGAUAGAACAUCAGAAGGUGUAGCGAUCGUUAUUUUAAAUUGAAUUUUAAGGCACAGACAAGACAACAAUGAAGAAACGGAGUAAAUCAGUUGAAGUGAAAGAAGAACCUGUAAUUAAGAAAUUUAAAAAAUCUGUUGAAGAGCCUUCAAAAAUCAAGAACAAACUUUCUCAGAAAUCGAAAUCGAAGUUCGAGAAAUCCACAGGUCAAAAAAAACCAUUCAACUCCAAAGACAAUCACAACAAUCAACAAUCCACAGAGAAACCAGACUGGAAGGCCGUUAAAGAGGAGAAAAAACAGUUAAAGGAGAAACGUAAAAUAAAACGACUGGAAAACGGUUACGACGUGGCUCAAAAUGCCAAAAAAUUGGGAGAGAGAUUGAGGCAAUCAAAUUGUCCAGAAAAAGAGCGAGAGGAUUUAAUAAAAAAAUUAUUCGAACUCUUGAAGGGAAAUUUGAAACGAUUCAUCUUCACGCAUGACAUCGCGAGGAUAAUCCAGUGGCUGAUAAAAUUUUGUACUCCAGAAAUGCGACAAUCAAUUGCAGAAGAAUUGACUCCCGAGUUCAAGAACAUGUGGAUGUCGAAGUAUGCAGUGAAUUGUAUGAAGAAACUGCUGAAAUAUGGAUCUCCACAGAUCAGGGAAACCGUGAUGGCAUCGAGUCAAGGUCGUGUUGUGAAUAUCGUGUCCCACAGUGUCUCAGCUGCAGUUUUCAAUAAUGCAUUCAACACCUGGACUUCAGAAGCAACAAAAAAUCAGUUAAAACAAGAAUUUUACGGAGAUAUCUACAAAAAAUCCAAGGACAAAAAACUGAAGUGUUUGACCGACGUUUUCGAGACCGCGACUGAUAUGAAAUCCGCAACUCUUUCGGCAGUAAAAAUUAAUCUAGUUCGAAUCUUGAAUAAGAAAAUAAUUGACAAUUCUAUUGUCCUUACGGUUUUAUUAGAAUUUUUAUCUGUUUGUUCUGUCGAGGAUAGAACUGAAUUAAUAGUGAUGCUGAGAGAUUCUAUUUUCGAAUUAUCAAAGACUAGAGAAGGUUCGAAAAUAGCGAUGAUUUGCAUCUGGCAUGGAACAACGAAGGACAGAAAAUUCGCUCUCAAAUCGAUGAAAGAUCACGUUAAAGACAUGGCAAUAUCCGAACACGGACACGUUAUUCUUCUCUCGAUAUUUGAUUCGGUGGAUGAUACAGUUUUGUUGAAGAAAAUUUUGAUUUCUGAGUUGAUUGUCGAUCUCAAAGACAUCGCGUCGAGUGAAUUUGGGAAGAAAGUUAUUCUAUAUCUCGUAGCACGACGGGACACUCAUCAUUUCCAUCCACAGUUGAUCGAUCAGCUCAAAGAGGGAGACGGAAAUGCCAUCAGUAAGAAACCUCAGGAAAUCCGAGAAAAGGAGCUGCAUGAGGUCGUCAAUGAUCCAUUCCUCGAAUCCAUCGCUGGCGAUUGUGUCUUCUGGCUGGCAAAUGGCUCCAUCGCUAUGGUAACAUUGGCAAUAUUAAAAGCUGGCCAUGGAGAAAAACUUGUGGCAGCGUAUGAGGCAAUUUCAGAUUUUUUGACAUCUCCUAAAAUACAAUUGAAGGACGGAGAGAUGGAAUAUUCUCCUGUGGAGCAUCCAGGAUUACACAUGAUGCUGAAAAAAUUAAUUCAGGCAGACAAGCAUCUCGUAGAGCACCAGAAAUCCACAUUCGGAGAACAUUUGGUGAAAAAAUUCGACGAUGAGACGAUCACACAGUGGAUUGAGUACAAUCGAGCUUGUUUUAUCAUAAUUUUUCUGCUUGAAAAUGAAGCUGAAAAUGUUGUGAGUGAUUUGAAGUCCAGACUCACGAGAUUAUUAGGGAUUAUUAAGAAUAAAAAAACACCAGGUGCUUCGAUAUUGGUGAAAAAAAUCAAAUGAUAUUCAUGCAUGUCAAACUGAUUAUUUUUCAAUCGUCUCUUUUGUAUGAAUAU